CCGGACCGCGUGUCGAAUAAGGUUUCGUAAUUAUGGUGAGCCAUUGUAUCCGCUCCACCUUAUCUUACAACAUCGUGAAUAUGAUUAAGCUCUUCUCGGUAGCAUUAUCCGCUGUGCUGGCACUUACGGCUGCUCUCCCUCAAAGGAGAGCGCCGGAGCAGCCGAGCGAUCAAGCGGCAGCGGAACAGAACUACAAUUACCAGCCCGACUACAGGCAGCCUAAGCCCAUCGAAGACUUCAGACCCAGAGUGCAGUUGGACCUUACCACUGUCAUUCCCAUCAUCCGUUUCGACAAGGAGCAAGGCACCGAUGGAAGCUACAAGACCUCAUACGAGACCGGCAACAACAUCCAAGCUGAAGAACAAGGCUACCUUAAGACGGUCGGCGAAAACCAAGACCAAGCUUUAGUCCAGCAGGGCUCGUACUCUUACACCGCUCCCAACGGCGAGGUCAUCACGGUCGAGUACACCGCUGAUGAGUUCGGCUUCAGAGUCAAGGGUGACCACAUCCCCACCCCACCACCAGUCUCCCCCGAAAUCCAAAAGGGACUUGACCUCAUCUACGCCGGAAUUAAGGCUAACGCGGAGCGCGCCGCUUUGGAAGCCAAGAACAACCCUGAAGCUGCCAGACUACAAGAGGAGAAAUCCGCCCUUGACUACAAGGGUUUCUACCACCAGUAAACAGAUAGUGCGAAAUUAUAAAACCCAUGUUUAAAGACUUCAAAUUCUUAAACCGUUAAUAAGUCACCAGUGUUUAAAAUAGGUACCUAAAAUAUGUAAACUUCAAGAUGCCAUCUUCAAUAUCCCAAUUUCAUGGACGUCGUUUACUCCUAAUAUUAAACAAUAGUUAAUACAAAUUAAGUUAUCAGUCGUGAUAGCGCCUAUGCUUUAAGACUAGGUUUUUAAAUAGAAUUUUACAUAGUGUGGAAAAAGUCAGCCUUGUAAAGGCCAUAUUAUAUAAGGAUCAUACUCAGGAAAGGCGUUGUUUACUAUACAAGUGUUCAAUUUGUACUUAAUUUUGUAGUUUUGUACAUAUAUUUUUAAUUUAUGUUUUAAUUCAAAACAUUUUAUUAUAAUAAAAACGUUAAAUAUGUUUC